AUGAAGUCAAUUUCUCCAAAGGGAGCCAUUGUGGCUGUUGCCGUGUUGCUCGCCGUUAUCGGCACCGCUUCAAUGCCCACCAUCGAAGCUGCACCUGUCGCCAAUGUGGCCGAUAUUCAGCAUCGGGCCGUCGACUUAAGUGCAAAGGCCCAGGACGACCAUGAACACAAAGCCAUCAUUAUCGACUAUCUUCAGAAACGCCCCGAUCCCAAUGAAACAACUUCAGGCGCCACCAAACCCACUGCUCCCGCUGGUGGUGGUGGCAGCACGACCCCUACUCACACAACUGCCAAGCCACCGGCACCAACAACCGCUAAACCACCAGCACCAACAACAUCUCGUGCUGCUGCAACCACCACCGCCGCUCGCGAGUCCUCUACCCACGCUUCGUCAACGACUUCUGGCUCUAGCGUGCCUGUGGUGACUAGCACCGCAACCUCGUCUGCGGCCGGUCCCGAAACCACGGCUCCUAACGACUCCAAUGUUCCUACUGGCGUCUCCAAGAGUGUGUUGAUUGGAUUGGGCACAGUUGGUGGAUUAAUUGUUUUUGCCCUUGGAGGAUUGGCCUUCUGCCGUCACCGCAAGAAGAAGAACUUGGCGACUGCUUUGCUUCAGCAAACAGCUCAGUUCAACAACAACAACCCCUACGCGAAAUUGCCAGAGCCCGCUGCCACCCCCAAGGAGAGCCUUCCCAUGACCCCGACCAAGCCUCUUGGGACGUACAACGUUGUCGCGACCUACACACCCGCGCUUGCUGACGAGAUUGAGAUUGGAUUGAGCGACUCUGUGACGAUUCUUCAGGAAUAUGACGAUGGCUGGUGCAUGGGAGUCAACAACUCGAGAGGAGGCAUCAAGGGAGUGUUCCCCCGUCACUGUGUAGAGAUGGGCCCCUAUGAAGGAUCACAGCACGGAGCACCUGGUGGGCCUCACUACCCACCCAGUCCAAGCUUCAAGGCCACGGCCAACAAGCGAAUGAGCUCGAUUGCACCUGCCUCUCAGGGUUGGAAUGAUGGUUACCACAACGGAGGCAACUACCCUCCUCAGCCCAACCCCCAAUACCCCGGUCCUAACUCUCCUCACCAGGGCGGUGGCGGAGGUGGAUACUUCAAUGGAGGAGGUGGUGGUGGAUACUAA